UCAACUGAAAUGAAGAGAUUCUUUGUUGUAGUUUCGGUUAUACAAUCAGGGAAUUUGGAAAAUCCAGAGCAAGGUGCUUAUGCAAUUCCGGUGUUUUAUUACUCCGAUAUGUUUUGUGGCGGAAAAAUGACCAUUCCUGUGUUUCUUGGUCCUGUCAAAAGCUUAGUUUCAUGCCCAAAUCAUAUGUUAACACGAUCAUUCGUAUCUUGGUCAACUCGGAAGGGUUUUAGCAACAUUGUAUCGUUAAAAGGACUAAAAAAUCCUGCAAUUUUCAAGAACUCAAAGAAGCCACUGCAACUUUCAAGACAGACUGUGACUGUUGCUGAAACUUUUGUUGCAGCAGAAUCUCCAAAAGCAUCCCGAUAUGUUGGUACAUGGCUAUUAUGUUGUAGUGGCAUGGUUGUUGGUUCAGUUGUGUUAGGAGGAAUUACAAGGCUUACAAAAUCUGGUUUGUCAAUGGUUGAUUGGCAUCUUUUUAAGGAAUUUCCUCCUAUUGGUCGAGAAGCAUGGAUUGCAGAGUUUGAAAAAUAUAAAAAAUUUCCAGAAUUUCAACAGAACAAUCCUGAUAUGACACUGGAGGAAUUCAAAUGGAUCUGGCACAUGGAGUAUGGUCAUCGAAUGUGGGGAAGGUGUGUGGGAGCUGCCUUCCUUCUUCCUGCUCUUUACUUUUGGAAGAAAAAGUGGUUAUCUGGUCUAAUGAGGAAAAGAGUUCCAAUAUUUGGUGCCUUGAUAUUAGGCCAGGGCUUACUUGGCUGGUACAUGGUUAAAAGUGGUCUUGAGGAAAAGCCAGAACCAGACGGCGUGGCUCGUGUCAGCCAGUAUAGGUUAGCUGCUCAUUUGGGAAUGGCAUUUGUUUUGUACAGCUUGAUGUUAUGGUCUGGACUGAGUCUCCUGUUACCUCCUGAAAAAAUGGAGGUAACCAAAAGCCUUCUCAAAUUCCGGAGAUUUGCCCAUGGUACCAAGGGACUUAUUUUCAUUACAGCAUUUAGUGGUGCAUUUGUAGCUGGAAUUGAAGCAGGAUUAGUAUAUAAUACUUGGCCUAAAAUGGCUGAUCGCUGGAUUCCAUCGGAUAUUGAUGCUUUGUCUCCAAAAUGGAGAAAUGUUACUGAGAAUCCUACAACAACUCAAUUUAAUCAUCGAAUUCUGGGUGAAACUGUGUUUUGUGCUGUGUCUGGCUUAUGGCUAUAUUCACGGAAGUUGCAUUUGCCUCCUAGAACUAGAUUAGCAAUAAACUGCUUGUUUGCAAUGGGCCUUAUGCAAGUAAGUCUGGGAAUCUUCACUCUGUUGUAUCAAGUACCAAAACCAUUGGCUGCGAGCCAUCAGUCUGGUGCUCUUGCCUUGUUGUCAUUGGCCAUCUGGUUGACCCACGAACUCAAAGUUGUGAAAUAUAUACCAAAGUAGACUACAUUAAGAUGUGGUAAAUUAUUGCAAAUUGUAAAUAUGCAAGAAAAACUUGCUCCAUGUAUUAUAAGCUUUUAAAAUAUUAUUUUAAUAAAGACAAAACAAUGUC